AUGGACCUCAGUGCCAACGUGCACCUGAAAGAAAGACCAAAGAUUAAACGCAAUGACAGUGAAAUAUCUAUUUCUAAAAAUAGAACCGUCUGGAAUAAGCUGCCUCCAGGUACACAAAUGGGAGAACGGCAAGUUGCCGCUAUAGGAAAGGUUUUACCUCCAGACGGCAAUUUGCUUGUCUGGGGAUUAGGAAAUGAUAGUCCAUUUUGGUACGACAGUACUCAAGGUAAAGUCAUCUUUAUUGAACCUGCAGGCUUUUGGUUUAAGAAAAUUAUGAAAAAAUACCCUUAUCUGGAAGCGUACCCAGUAUAUUAUACAACUGAAACUGAGAAAUCUUUUGAUAAAUAUAUCAACAACCGAGACAUUUGGUCAGAUCUCGAUAUUCGAUCACAGUUACCUCGGGUUGUUAAACAAAUUCCUUGGCAUGUGAUAAUUGUAGACGCACCGCCAGGAUACAAUGGUGGGCCCGGCAGAUACCAGUCUAUCUACACGUCAUCAUUACUGGCACGGAAUGGUACUCAUAUUUUUGUUGAUGACUACAAUAGAAAGGUUGAAAAACAGUUUUCACUGAAAAUGCUUGGCACUCCAGUCGAAGUGGUUGAACGGCCACCCAAGGGCAUACUUUUUGCAAAUGAACAAGCUCAUUUUAUACAUAUCAGUGGCUAA